AAACCAGUGCUGAUGACAUCGCACACUGUGCACUGCACGUCCUAUAGACAGUCCACUGAUCAUUGCUAUGAUGGCAGGGUUAAAUGCGUUUAGUUUUAUUUUGCUAACUCUCAGCUACUGGAACUGCGCAAAAGGAUGCACAUGGAUGAAGACGCAGAACAGAGCAUCUCUCAGCAGCUUCCAGGUUUUAAGCAACAGCUCGAUUUCUCAUCUUGAACAAGCGUGCAAAGAUCCCGUGAAUGCUCAUGGCAAACUCAGCAUGGAGUUUCCACACAAACAGUACAACCGCAUACUCCAACUAGAGGCAAAGGAUCACAUAAUGUUCACAUUGCGGACUCUAAAGAGCAUCAUGAGGAUCUAUAGUGGGAAAUAUGAGACGGUGGACUGCGACCAAACUCAACUGCAGAUCUUUCUGCUUGAUGUGGAUCGGCAGAUUAUGGAGCUGGAGCGAUGUGCAAAAAACAUCGUGGUCACUGAAGUACAGAAGAAAAUAUCUAAAAAGAUGGGAAUCCACUUCAAAAGUCUGAAUUCUCACCUUAAAAACACGGAUUACAGUCCAGAGGGCUGGAAGGAGAUUGCGGCAGUGGUGCUGAAACACCUGAGAAGACUCGAUCUUCUGGCCACUAAAACUAAAAGAAAUCUUCAUGAUCAAACAUUUUAAAUGCUCAAUGAACACCAUAUCCCUGUUUUUUUCUUUUUUCUUCUUUCUUUUUUUUCGUAAUUUUUGGUUUCAAGUAAAUUCUUUUAUCUUGAAUUAUUUAUAUGUAUUUCUUUUUUUUAUUAUAGCUUAUUGUAUUUGUAUUUUGGCGACUUUAGUUAUUUAUAUGUAUUUGA